GCUGCCAGCCAGAGCCAUCGCGGGCACCGCCUGGGAGCAACCUGUCAGUGCACCUCGUAGGCCGUCCCCGAAGGACCCUUCCCACGCGUUGGUUUGUCCCCGAGAGAAGGAGAGUUUGAAGCUCUCUCCAUGCCUUAUCAAGUUCCUUAUCUGAGUGGCUGCCUGAAACUGUAGACCAGUUAGGCUUUAUUUGGGGUGUAGGGGAGGAAAACAGUAUAGCUCUCAUAGCCCAUCCUAAAUCGAGGACCACCUAUUCUGCUUUGGUUUAGUAUAUGAAGAUGGUGAAACGUGGAUUGCCAUGUGAAGUGACUAGAUCCCUGUUGUGGAGUGAGGGCUUCGUAUUCACCUUCCAACUCCUGAUCUGUGCGUUUUGAGAGGGGACGCUAAUCCUUCUUGCUCAUCCCCCUUCCCUAAACCUUUCCUUGCUUCCAUGUUUCAUUGGUCAGAAUUUUGGUCAGUGUUGUUUACGGGAGGUGGGGGAAAAGAAGGCAGUUGAGGUUACAAACAAAGUACUUGUAUGACUCAUCUACUUGGAUUUAAGACAUUCUACCCUUCUUUCAAGGAGCCUUUGCUUCUCUUUGAAGGAAUCAGAUGCUCGUUCCUAUUCUUCCAGAGGAGAAUGGAUUAAAAGUUGCGCAUUUUAGACAUUUUUUGGGCCACCGCUGAUACUAUUAAAAGACAUAAUGGGUUUUUUUCACUGGAUUAUUGCCAGAAUUAGUUUACACACUGAAACAAUGAGUUGUUAGGCCUCUCAUACGAUAAUGUUUGUCCUGCUUUAAUAUAAAGUUGCUGUGGAGGUUUGGGUUAAAAAUUGUGGAGGACAGUCUGCAUCAGAAGAGGCUCUCUUCAUCUCUGGUCGGUGUGGCAACUCCAAUCUGUCCUCGAUGCCUUCAGCCUUGGCCAUCUUCACUUGCCGCCCGAACUCUCAUCCGUUUCAGGAGCGUCAUGUCUACCUGGACGAGCCCGUCAAGAUUGGCCGCUCAGUGGCUCGCUGCCGGCCAGCUCAGAAUAAUGCAACUUUUGACUGUAAGGUGCUGUCCAGGAACCAUGCUCUUGUCUGGUUUGAUCACAAGACAGGCAAGUUCUAUCUUCAAGACACUAAAAGUAGUAAUGGUACCUUUAUUAAUAGUCAGAGACUGAGUAGAGGGUCUGAGGAAAGCCCACCAUGUGAAAUUAUGUCAGGUGACAUCAUCCAGUUUGGUGUAGAUGUGACGGAGAACACGCGGAAAGUUACCCAUGGCUGUAUAGUCUCCACAAUCAAACUGUUUCUUCCAGAUGGAAUGGAAGCUCGAUUGCGAUCAGAUGUUAUCCAUGCUCCAUUACCAAGUCCUGUUGACAAGGUUGCUGCUAACACUCCCAGUAUGUAUUCUCAGGAAUUGUUUCAGCUUUCACAGUAUCUGCAGGAAGCCUUACAUAGGGAACAAAUGUUGGAACAAAAGCUGGCAACCCUUCAGCGACUACUUGCUGUCACACAAGAGGCUUCAGAUACUAGUUGGCAGGCUUUAAUAGAUGAAGACAGGCUGCUAUCAAGAUUAGAGGUUAUGGGAAAUCAGUUACAGGCAUGUUCAAAGAAUCAAACAGAAGAUAGUAUACGAAAAGAGCUUAUAGCAUUACAAGAAGACAAACACAACUAUGAGACAACAGCCAAAGAGUCCCUGAGGCGGGUCCUUCAGGAGAAAAUUGAAGUGGUCAGAAAACUCUCUGAAGUGGAGCGGAGUUUAAGUAAUACAGAAGAUGAAUGUACUCACCUGAAAGAAAUGAAUGAGCGGACUCAGGAAGAAUUAAGAGAAUUAGCUAAUAAGUACAAUGGAGCUGUAAAUGAAAUUAAAGAUCUUUCUGACAAGUUAAAGGUAGCAGAAGGAAGACAAGAAGAAAUCCAACAGAAAGGACUGGCUGAGAAAAAAGAAUUGCAGCAUAAAAUAGAUGAAAUGGAAGAGAGAGAGCAAGAGCUUCAAGCAAAAAUAGAAGCCUUGCAGGCUGAUAAUGACUUCACCAAUGAGCGGCUAACUGCUUUACAAGUACGGUUAGAACAUCUUCAAGAGAAAACUCUUAAAGAACACAACAGCUUAGGCAUACAAGUUGACGACUUCAUACCUAAAAUUAAUGGGAGCACAGAGAAAGAGCACUUUCUUUCAAAGAGUGGAGGGGACUGCACUUUUAUUCAUCAGUUCAUAGAAUGUCAGAACAAGAUCAUAGAUGAAGGACAUCUAACCAAAGUGGAAGAAACAAAGCUUUUGAAAGAAAAUCAAGCAAGAGUCAAAGAAUCUGAUUUGUCGGACACUCUUAGUCCAAGCAAGGAAAAAAGCAGCGACGACACUACAGAUGCCCAAAUGGAUGACCAAGAUCUAAAUGAACCUAUUGCUAAAGUAGCUCUUCUAAAAGAUGAAUUGCAAGGUGCACAAUCAGAGACUGAGGCUAAGCAAGAAAUUCAGCAACUGCACAAGGAACUGAUUGAAGCCCAAGAGCUAGCUAGGACAAGUAAACAAAAAUGCUUUGAACUUCAAGGUGAGACCUUUUCAUUUAUAGCGCUAUUGGAAGAAGAGAGAAAAGCAUAUCGAGUGCAAGUUGAAGAAUCGAACAAGCAAAUAAAUGUUCUGCAAGCUCAGUUGCGAAAGUUACAAGAAGAUAUUGAGAAUCUUCGUGAGGAAAAGGAGAAUGAAAUUUCAAGCACUCGAAAUGAACUAGUCAGUGCUCAAAAUGAGAUUCUGUCACUUCAACAAGUAGCAGAAAAGGCAGCAUCAGAACGAGAUACAGAUAUUUCUGCAUUGCAAGACGAGCUGCAAACAGUGCGAGCGGAACUAGAACGUUGGCGGAAAGAUGCCUCAGAUUAUGAAAAAGAAAUUGUCAGUAUGCAAGCCAGUUUUCAGCUUCGAUGUCAGCAGUGUGAGGAUCAGCAGAAGGAAGAGGCUACUCGCUUAAAAGGUGAACUUGAAAAGUUGAAGGCAGAGUGGAGUGCUCUGGAAGCUGAAUGUGUUACACUAAGGAAGGAGAAUACUUUGCUUACAUCUGAACUUCAGCGACAAGAGAAGGAGCUUUCUAGCUCUCAGAAACAGAGUUUAGCGCUAACCAGCGAUAUAAGUGUUCUUGAAAUGUCUCGAAAGGAACUUGAAAAUCAGAUGGGAUCUUUGAGAGAAAAACAUCAACGGGAUGCAGCUAGUCUAAAAAGCCAACUCAGUGAAGCUGAGAGUCAAGCAAAAGAUGUUCAGAAAGAGUAUGAAAGAACACAGACUGUGCUCUCAGAGCUGAAGGCGAAGUAUGAGAUGGCUGAACAAGAAAAUCAGUCACUCACAGAAGAGCUCAAACAAUGUAAAGAAAAUCUGAAGCUGCUACAAGAAAAAGGAAACAACAGACAAUGGCCUUGGAUGCCUGUGAUGGCAGCUUUGGUUGCUGUAACAGCCGUGGUGCUGUACCCAGGCCUAACCAGAGCUUCUCCAUGAGAACUGUUGUUGAAUCCAAACACCGUCCUCCCUUUAGAAGCUGGCAACAUUCAUAUACUGAGGGAAAACAGAUUAAUUCUCUUCCUUUUUACCUCUUAAUACAGCACAGAUCUGCGUGAGAACAGCAGUAGGGUCAUUUGCUUUAAACUGUAUAAAAUGUAUCUGUCUAUAAAGAGGGAAUAAAAUUGUGAUUCAUCAUACUGUGAGCAAUACUUUUGCUUACAAUUUCAUGCAAGUUUUAAAUUAGUAUGUUGGGAUUCUGAAUACUAUAAUGGUGGCCUAAAGUAGGCUUCUUGGUACCAAAUUAUUUAUAAUGGCUAGGGUUGUGGACACUUACUUUAGAAUCUGAUUGCCAGAUUUAAAAUAAAAACACAUUUCUGAUUUGGACACCCAAGCCAAGUAAUCGUGCAGAUACUUGGAAAACAGAUGCAGUGUGCUCAGUGCCUUUCAGUACCCCCUUUUUUAAAAAAAAAAAAAAAAAAAAACAAAACGAAACAAAAAAAACACCCCAAAAAACUAGUAUACCAUUUUACUUGCUGUUAGUCACUGAGCUGUUGGGAACAAGACCUAAGAAAACUUCUCUUACCACGCCUUUUGAAGGAAGCAUCUUUUCUUUGAUAAGGAUUGCUUUAUUAAUGAUUUUUGGGAAUAAACAAAAUUCAUAUCCAGCCUUAAAGAGAUAGAGAUAUUGAUGGUGAACAUCAGCCUAGAGUAUUUAGUGUGCGCGUGUGUGAGUGUAAGCAUGUGUGUGUUCUUGAGUGAACUAAGGUAUUUCUGGGAGCAAGUACUUGGUCAUUUGAUGGACAUAGUGCAGUGAUUCAACUUAACUUACGUUAACUUUAGUUUGAAUGUAAUUUAUUAAAUUUCAUAUAUUUAAAGAGAUGCGUUCUUUAAAAGUAUGAAUACUUUUUCACAUAUCACAUGUUAUCAAUUUAUUUUUUCAGUCAUUUGAUACUUUCUGACUUGAGCUGGAGAAGCUCUUUAGAUAAGCUUUUGUUGAUGUAACUUUAUUAAGAGAACUGCUACAAUACGUCUGUGAUUAGCUGAAAAAUCUAUGAUACGUAAAAUACUACAAAAUUGGAAUCAUAUACCUGAUGAAGUAUUGUCAGGUGAAGAUGAUUUUAAUUUGGUAGUAAAAUUUUAUGCAUCCUCAUUACAUGGCUGUAAGUAUGAUGCAGUGGUCCCCAUUACAAAGUUUAUUUUCCUUAUCUAAAUACUAUAACUAUUGCUAUUUGCUGACUUUUGGUGGGAAUCACUGUAGUUAGUGCUGAAUUAAAUGUAGACUGUAGUUGUCUUGUUCAGCUCAACAGUUCUGUCAAAAAAGUUUAUUAAAGACUUAAAUAAUAUGCUAAACAAUGGUCAAGUAAAAUGGCUCUGCUAAAGGAAAUUUCAAAAUAGGGAGGUAAUCUCAGCAAUUCAAUUGGCUUUAAAGAAUGUUAUGGCAAUCGACAGAUAGUUUAAGUAUUUAAAUAGAAAUUUAGUAUAUAAUUUACUUUGUGAGGUUUUAAGGGUCAUUGUCCUUUAAUUAAAGGUUCUAUCUUAAAUUACAUGGGAUUUGCUAAUGGGAGGAUUAUUAGUUGGAAAAAAUAGUCCACAAGUGACUUGUAGAAAAUAAAUAUUGUCAUUUAGUUCAUUCAUUUCAUCCUUUUCAGUUGCAGGAAGCCACCCAACCACAGAACACUCGUAUGCCAGUGGUACUUAGUACCUCUUGUAUAUAGGUUAUUGCAAAUAUUGUUCUGAAAUGCUUAACUUCAGAAUUACAUUUUUUAAAGUAAAUAAUUGUUUUAAAUCUAUUUUGUAAAGAUAUAAAAAUACAAUAGAAUUUCUGGAGUACAGAUUAAACUAUUUGCACUAACACACGUGAUGUGCAUGAUUUAAUAAAAUAACUUUACUCUCCCUAUGCAUGUUUGAGUUGAAUGUCAUUUGAAAACAAAAUAUUCAUGCUAAGUUUCUUUUGCGCUAGAUAUUGCCACAGUUACUAGGCACAAUGUCUGCAGCAUGUCCAGUAAUAGCAGAAGACCUUUUUUUUUACCUUGUAUUUCACAUUGGCACUGGUUUAAGUUUUUGUCUGGCUGAUCUCUCUCCUCUCCGUGGUUUUUGGAAAGAACGGGGGGAGGAGAGAGCCGUGGCAGGCUUGGGAGCAUAUUGCCAUGGUGUGGGGGGGACAAGUGUCACAGCUGAAGGGUGGAUUGAGCCUGUGGCAGGGGUUGUGAGAUUGGAGUAGCAGUGGCCACAGGUAGCAGGGCAAUAGUGGAAAGCCCUUCUAGGGGGAAGGAGGCUGAUGAUGCCUCCUCUCUUCUUUAGCAUCUUGAGCUCCCAGUUUGUCCCUCUUUCAGCUACCGUUUUCUUUUGCAAUGGAUUCUGUUCCCUCCUUCCUGAGGGUAGCAUGUAGACAUGGUGUGAGGAGGUGGAGUGGAGCCUGGUGGAGCAGGGGUCCCUCCUGGCUGGGGCGGGGAAGGUGCUGAGCUCCCUGGGACCAACCUCGGUGCGGGUCUGCGCUGCCAGUUGGUGCCCCAUACUGAGCAACGCUGCCUGUGGCAAGUUUGUUCUUGUAUUAAAGACAAAUGCUGUGUUUUCAGAAAUCUUUAGAGCAUCAGAGAGCUGAAAUUUCAAGACCCAACAUGGUUGUGUUAAAGGAGAAAGAUUUUUAAUUUAAUUAUGUGCAUGUGUGCAUAAUUAUAUUAUAUACACAGGUGCAUAGUACACAUUGCAUGGGGGUUUGUGCUUACAAGUAUACCUGUGGUUCCCUAAUAACAGUGCCUUUCCCAGGGGUUCUUGACAUUUGCAUGUUCGAAAUUAUCAGGAAUGAGCUAAAAUGCACAGUUCACUCUUUCGUUGUGAGAAUCCCUGGAGAAGGAUUGGAUAACUGGGAAAUUGCUGUUCUUCAGUGCUUUGAUACUAAAGCAGCGAGUGGAGUUAUUUUGCAAGCACUCUAUGCACAGACCUCUCUGGUUUUUUGUUGUGUUUGUUUAUAGUAAAUGUGUGUGCUCUUUUACAUUCGUAUUGAGGUUCUUUCUUUUUAGUUGUGAGGCUUGAUUAGCUAAGCCUUGGAGUUACUGUAACAAGAGCAGCUUUUCACAAAUGUGUAAGAUGCUCUAAGUCUACUUCUAAAAUAAGUGCUCUGAGCUUGCACUGAGUUUGAGGUUUUAAAAAGGUUCCACAUACUAGAAAAAUUAGUCUGAGAUUUGUUUUAUCAAUUGCUAGUGCAAUUUGGAAGAUUUAAUAUAAUAAAACAUCUGAACACUUCUUCAGUUUUGUCCUGGUGUCCUGACUGAGGCACCUUUUCUUUAAAGUCUAAAAGAAUUCUGCCUACAUGGGGACUACAACAGCAGGCCUUUUAUUUAAAAACAUAAAUAUACAAUAAGUAAAAAAUAUAGUGUAAUUUUCCUGUUGCUUGUGGCUCAAUUAAAUGCGUUCUUCCAGAGUCUUAACCUCAUCCUUCUUGCAGAGUCUCUGGAUUUGUCGGUGCUAAACAGGGAAUUGUGAGCCUGCGCGAUAACAUUGCAAAGUUUUCUCAUAAAACAGUCUUGGUGAGAUGUAGUAUCAAAUGACUGAUGGCUGAAGCAACGGUGAUCAUCUGUGCACGUAUUUUGGGGGUAUAUUCCUAAGUUAUUUUUCUAAUCAAGUUUUCUGAAAUGUUAUCUGUUCAAAUUUUCAGUGUGCUUUACAUAAGAUUUGGAAUGUUUCCUGCUAUAAUCUGUAGGGUUCUGCCACUUGCAAGAAUCAUUUCUUCAGCUUGAAUCUUCUCUGUGACAAAUCCGCUGCUGAGACUCAUUCCACCAGCAGCAUCUGAGUGCUUUAGAAGACCAGGUCGCCACAAUGGCUUUUGGGAAGCCACUGUAGUUUGCACUAGCUCUGCAACUGGGGCUGGCUGCUUUCCACCAGGGGCCUUUUUUCCCUUUGGCUUUUCAGCCACCAUCAGUAUUUCAUUAGCAAGUGUCUCAAGAUUCUGAGUCUCUGUUAGUAUAGCAGUUGGGCAUAUGAAAGAAUUAGAAGCAAUAUUCUCUCCCUCUGUCUCUCAAGCAUAUACCUCUAGAUCUGAAGAGUGACUGCUUCCAGCAAACAGCUGCGUUGAAUUCCUCAGAUCCAUCUGAUUACUCACCCCGUCCUUCUUUGCAUGUGCUUCUGGACACAGAAUUCCUUUCUUUCUCCUCUGGUGGGGAACUGGCCUGCAGUAUGGGUCUCCCAGCUCUUCCUGCCUUCCUGGGUUUUUAGUUUGUGCCAACUCAUUCAAAUUAGUGAGCAAAGGUUUGCCCCCAGAGCCAGGUUCUUCUGCUUGGAGAGAGGGUUGCACCACUACUGCUUUAAAAACGGUGGGCGCUACCAGUAUUGGACUAAAGGCUCCCAGAAGUAGAAGGCAAAUUAGGAACUGAAACGAAGGUUUCGGUGGUAAGGGCCAUCAGAGGCUCACCUUUCCAUUUGUUGGUAAAGGUAGAGGGAACUCCUAUCUGAUUGCUUUCCUGGAUAUCACUGUCAUAAAACUUCACCGACUGAUUUCAACAUCAGAAGCAUAAUGUCAAGAAGUUAAGCAUGUAUUUUAGGAAAAAAAGAAGUCUUGCUUUAAGAACUUCAAAAAAAGAAUCAGUCACCUCUGUAGGUAAGUUACUUGAGCAACUACUGUCCUCUCAAAAAAAAAAAACCCAAAACAAAACCCUGUGUUUGAGUUCAUCUCGCUUUGGCUCCCAACCAUUGGGUUUCAGUAUCUCUCUCUUGGAGGAUGUUCUACUACUGCAAAUGUUGUCCUGAUCCAGGGAUUUGACCUUCCAAAUCUUACCUUAUAUGUAAUACCUUCCAAUCUUUCUUUAUAUGAAUGGAUUUAAUUUCUUAAUUUUUUUCUUCAUCCCUCUAGUUUUUGUUGUCAGCUUUUUAAACUAUUUCUAAUUUUUUGAAUGUUCUUUUUUGAAGAGUAGAUGCCAGAACAGAACAUGUCCUUACGGUAAUGAUCUUACUAACAUCAUAUAAAUAGAUAUUAAGCUUUAUAUCCUGCUCUGCUAUUCCUAUUUGGCUGUCUACCAGAACCCUUUUGGGGACUUGCUGACUUGUAGCGUUUGGAUUUUAAUCUUGUGAGUCAAAUCUGUGCAUUCCUUACAUCACCUCAGCCCCGUGGUAUCUGACUUUGCAAUAUUGUUCAGUAUAAACCACUGUAGGCAAGCAGUCCAAGGCAGCAACCUGUUCCCAUUACUGUUCAGCACUUAAUCAAUGGUUUGGUUUUUUCCCCUUCAGGUUUUAAUAGGGAUGACUACUGAAGCUUUUCUGGAUUAUUGAUCAUACACUGAAUGGUAGUGAGCCAAAACCAGAUCCCUGCGGGACAGUAGGGAAAACAUUCAUAGAAUAAUUCCUUCACUUAGUUUUUGCAAUCUGUCAGAUAGUUUUUCAUCUGGAUUAUUAGUUACAAUGAUAGUAGUGUAGUGAUCACUUGUAUAGGAAUGUCAAAUGAUUUACAGAAGUCUUGGUUUAAUAGCACCAAUACUUAUUCACAUUUUUUUUAAAACUUCAAAAUUUCACUUUUAUAAAUGCUUUUACAGGCAUGAAUUAUUCUACAUUGUUGAAUUCUGUACUGAUUGCUUCCCAUAGAUUACUCUGUGAUUUGCUUAGAUCUUAAGGUGAAGCAAAACCAGGCCUUUUCCCAAGACCAUACAUUUUUCUCUCUUCCCUCAGCCCCAUUAUGUUGUUGCCUGUUACUGCCGCUUCCUUCUAUAAGGCAUUUCUGAUUCUAAAUUAUUGAUGUGACUAUGUUUAAAUUUUUCAGUCUACUCAGUUUGGGUCAGCAUUAUUCCCAGUGCUGGAAAUGUAACACUUCUAACACACUGAGGGGGUGUGUGCAUGUGUAUACAUUGCUGUUCUGAGAUUGUGCUUGCAUGUGGUAAAAUAGAUCAUGAUUACUUGGCAUUUAGCAACCGUGAGAAUGGAGGUGUAAUUGAGAUUCUCAAUUAAAUAAUUCUCAGCUAUGGGAAUGGAGAUGUUCGUAUGGAGAUACAUUUUCUUAUGGUGUCAAGUGAUACAGUGAAAAUGUGGAUGUGCUUCCAAGCAUGUAAUCUCUUCAUUUUAUCUGAUGAUGAUGGACAAAGCUUAGUUUAAACUAAAAGUAACUUUUUCUUAUCGGAUCAUAUCAAUCAGUAACUUGAGAGAAAAGGGUUAAGUGAUCAAUUCAUUCUGUUCUACUGGAAUAAAAUUUAUCCAAAGGCUAGCCCAGAUUUGUUUCGAUACCCUCUGUUAGGAAAUUGGUUUGUGGGUUUUUUUUGAAACACCACACACGUACUAUGAGUGGUAAAGUACUGCCUUCAGUAUAGAAUGGAUUUAUUGUUUUAAUUUUUUCAUGCUAGAUCAUUUAUGAAGUUUAUGUUCUAUUUAUAGUUCUUGUAAGGAGUUCUUGCUCUGGAAAAUACUUUUAAUGGGUAUGUCAUCAGCUUUGAUGUGACAAAACUACUUGUCUUGAAUAAUAUAGUGGCUCCUAUUUAAAAAUGUUCCAAAUAUGCAAUAUGUCUUUUGGGAUGAAUAAAUGGUGAAAAUUACGAGAAUAAAUUUACAACACAACAGAAAGCUGA